CUAUAACAAGAUAUGGGUAGAAUAUCGUGUGAAAAUUGCGGACGAUAUCGUGGCUGCGCUCUGUCACAUUACAUCCAGUGCGAUGGCUUCGCCACAUUUGAUUUGCUGCAGUGGAGGUGUUCUCACCGGUCAAUCAUAUAAUUUGAGAAAUGUGUGGCACUCAAAUCAACGGUCAAUGUGCGGAAGAAGGAGAGGAAGAUUAAAAGUAGUGGCGGAGAGGCCCUGCAAAUCCAGUUCCAAUUCAGAGUUGCCAAACAUGGCGGACAUAAUGAAUGUGGGCAGUACCCAAAACGUGCAAGUGCGGGUCAAGUCGUGGGGGCCCGUGUUCGAAGUGAGGGCCAUCAGUAUGGUCACAGGAGAGGAGAUUGGAAAAGCAAAUGGCUUCAUUACCCUCUGGUUUGGAAGAAAAGGGAAGAUAUUGCACUUGGAGUCUAUACGGAUGACCAGGCAAGCAUUUACAGUGCACAACACCUCCAUUUUCGGAAUGGGAUUGCUGGUGGGCGCAGUCGCCAUUCGCCAUGGCUUCGAUUGCAAUUGUAAAACGGCAGAGUUGCUUGCCAUCAAUGAUUCACCCCUUUACCAUUCCAAGCUUGUAAGAUUUUACACAAGAAUGGGAUUCAAGGCAGUGCAUGAAGUUAAAGGAUCAUCUCUUGCUGACAUCAUACACAUGUUAGCAUGGGGAGGAAUAGGAACACGUAUGGAUGCAGAUAUUGAGGAAUUAUUAACAAAGUGGUCAUAUAAGUUCAGGCCUCGGAUUUCAGAUGUGGAUGUUUAGGGGUUGACCAAAUUUUCUAAUUGAAAGUUUGUUAGUGAGUCUUUUCUUGGGGACUGAAGAGUGCUCAGUUGAGGUGCUGCAUGUGGCCUGUCCAAUAUAUAAAUUGCAUAUGCCAAAUCUGCAAACCUGAGAUUCCCCAAAUUAGUGUUGACAUGGCUGACGGGUUGAAAAUGAAAUCGCAUUUGAUACAAGAAGGUGGAUUGCUGGUGAUGAGUACAGUAUUUGUGGAGUCAAAUCCCUUAAGCAGACAACGCUUGGAUAGGAAUCAUGUAUCUACUAAAGAGCUGUAAACCUGUUAAUACCUUGGGAAGUUCAAGAAUACAGUGAUCCCUUUUUGUACAGAUGAUUUCACUCUAACACUUUUAUUGAAAAACUUUAAAGGUGAUUUAGUUUAUCCGAUCACUUUUUUCCUGUCCCCAAUCUCACUGUCCUUCGAAAAUCAUAUGUAUCUUCUUGGUUGAUAAAUAGAUAUUUUUUUUAGAGAUUUA